AUGACUGAUUGUCAAAGUUUGGCGACUUCGAUGUUUUUUCAGCCCGAUUGGCUUGAACGUCUUUUAGAAGAUUGUGAACGCGAAGCUAUAGAUUAUCGAAACGUGAAGCUCCUAAAGCGGGAGGGCCGAUCUGCCGUAUGGAAUGUGUGCAUGAUGCUCGGCUGCCUAUCACACGGAGUGCCGGGUCAAGCUUGUCAUCUUUUCGAGCGUUACUUGUAUAGGCUCCUAAAUAGUCAAGGAAACCUUAGCGAUCCUGAGUCACAAGUAGUAAUAGUAGACAACAUUAUGCCACGGUUUCUUCUUAUGAUAACUUGCUGCGUGCAGCUCUCUGCUAAGAUGAGCUCCGCGGACACACACAACAACGCUUCAUUAUUAAGAAUAGCUCUGCUGACUAAGGGCAUUUCAUAUUCUACUGAAGAAAUCAAUGCAACUGAGGCGGAAAUCUUCAAAAUGCUAGAUUUCCGUAUGCCACUAUGGACGAGUGUAGACAUGGGCGAGCUCCUGGCUACGGAACUCAAACUGCCAGCCCAAAUAAUCAAAGCGGUCGCUCGGAUCGUGGACUUGUCUGAGUACUAUCGAGAAGACAUUGAAAGAAAAGUCUUCUGGGCCGCGAAUUUGACGUCUACGACUCAAAAUGUGACUGGUAUACGGUCGCUGCACCUCUCCGCGGGCGCGGUGGCCGCGGCCGUGCGCCUCUCCCCGCACCGCCCGGAUCCCGCGCCCGCCCUCGCUCGCCUUCUACGACUCCCGCAGGCCUACAUUGAGUGCCUCCGUGACGUCAUCUUGAAACAAAUGGCCGGCAACCGUACCACGCCGACGAUACUGAAGAGGAAAAAUUCAGCAUCGAGUUAA